AUGUCGUUUUGGGUCAAGAACUGCCGAACACUCAGAGAGGUGUGGGGCGGGUGCACUUGUCAAUCACCCACCAUGAAAUGGGCCAACGCACUGAAAGACUGCAAAAAAAAUUCGCCGAAGCUGAAGACAGCCUCUCAUAACACUAGCUGGUACACUGAUGCCAAUGGAUUCCCAUUCCCCCACAUUGGACUGAUGCAAAAGACACCAGAAUCCAUCACAAGUGCUAUGUUGAAAGAGUCCCACAAUCCACAAUUGUCUUGGCAAGUGCGGGGGAAGUUACCGCCAAUAUACAAAGUCCGGGAGAAGCAAGCAGUAAAAAACAACUUCCCCUUCUCCGUGCAUGACAAUCGGCACAGUUUUGAGAACUCUGGACACUACCUUGACUCCGGCCUGGGACGUAAGAAGAUCUCCCCAGAUAAGAGGCAACACGUUUCAAGAAAUUUCAAUCUUUGGGCGUGUGACUACGUUCCAUCCUGUCUUGAUGGCUUUUCAAAUAACCAAAUAUCAUAUGUGUAUAAGGAAGCCAUGGUGGACUCAAGUUUCAAACGCUUCCCAAGAUGUUAUAAUGAGAUAUGGAGCACUUUUAAAUUUAUUCCUAGGCGAAGCUGUACAGAGUUUUUGAAAAAGAAGCCAAAAGUAAGGCUCACUGUUGACAAAAAGGCUGUUUCCCCGCUGGAGCCCUAA